UUGUGUGUCUCUGGGUUGUGCCUUUUUGGUACGUAUUUCACUCAUUAGGUACAAAAGACUGGCAGUCGGCCCUUCGCUUCAGUUGGUGUGUUCUUAGACCGCACAUAUGAACAGCUGACUUCUUCUUUAAUGAACUCAAGUUAGUAUUCUGCAAAAAAUGUUAAGAACGAUACCAGUACCAUGAUUGAAAUUAUGUCAUUUUAGAAGUGUGUACACAGAUUUCCUGUUGGUAUUGAUGAAUAAUGUUCCUUUUGCAACUUUGUAAGAGAUGUGUCGUACUUUGUCUUCUUUUUGUCAUUUAGGCAACAUCUAGUAAUUAGUAUUGGACAUGAUAAUGCCAGAAGAGAACUCGACGGUUAGCUCCUGCCUCUCAACAGAUAAAUAUGGACGAUGCUGUUUUCCGAACACUUCGGAAACGGCGUUGUCAAACCAUUCUUGGUAGAAGGCUGGAAACGUGUGGAGGAUUUUAACCGCGAGGCGGCGUCAGGGGCCGGGAUGUCGCAUCGCAGCCAUGUUGCAUUACAGAAUUUCUUUGUGUUUAAUCCGACGUUUGGUCGAUGUGAGGACGAAGAGUAUAAGAAGUUAUUGUUUUUCUAUCCACCAGAAACGAACAUGGAUAAUCAGCUGAGAGAUAUGGGCAUUGCUCAGGGUCUCGUCAACUUUACAAAAAUAUUUAGCCCUGAUCAACCGUGCGAAGUGUUGCAUACCCAAAAGACGAGACAGAUAUUCCUCGAAGCGGAGCCCGAUUAUUGGUUGGUAUUUACUUUGACACUGCCGUCUCAGCAGCGUACGCGUGACUCACAAACGGUCGUGGAGUAUUUAACUGAAGAUGUGCAGGAUUCUGUUUAUCAAGCUGUCCUUCGAAAACUGUACACAUUGUUUCGUUGUUUCCAAGGUACUCUCACCGAGAUCGUCACCGAGAAAGGAGUCAACGGAUUGCGAGAGCUGUUAGAUACCUAUUUUAACGUAAUGCUGCCCCGCCUCAAGUUCCAACACUGCGAUAUCUUGGAUAUAUUUCAAGGAGUACAUUUUCUGCCACUGGAUAAAGCUGCCUUUCUUCAAGUCAACAGUUUUGUAGGCAGUCUAGAGAAAACAUUUCCGGAGAUAAAGUUCACCGCAUUCCUUUGCAAUGAUCAACUCGUGUGGAGUGGACUAGCCCAAAAAGAUAUGCAGCAAUUGUAUCAUUAUCUGUUAGGCAAUAUUCUACAGGGGGCGUUUGAAGCUGAACUGCUAGCACCGACGCUUUCAAUUUCCAAAGGAUCUUCCGCAGUUCAUUCCCAGGCACGCUACCUACAUGGCAAAACGGAGGAUCUUAAGUUUUUGGAGGAACUUCCCCGUAUGCUCGUGGGAGACAAGCGUUAUACCCUGUUAAUCUAUCGAGCCUUGAGCGCUACAGUCUGUCUACUGUUGGAACCAAAUGAUCUCACGAUCGAACUCGCGCAACGCAUGGAGAAGUACCUCGCUCCCGAGCUGACAUUACUAGCAAACGACAUAUCGAAACAAUAUUUGAAAUUAACGGCAUCUGUGACUCGUAGUAAUCAGGAGAUUAUUUGCAAAUACAUCUAUUUCAAUCGAAUGAAUAUAGCUCAGAAAUCGUCAGUGCAUGCCGACCGUAAACUCGGUUUUAGUGUCCCUUUGUCUUUGAUUCGACUUAUCACUGAUCUUCACGUCGAUCUGUUGAUGCUGGGAAGCGAUGACGAGGGACCAUUCGAUGGGGAGAUAAUUGCAAAAACAUCAGAUGAUUGGUGGCUUGUAGCGAAAACUUGGGAUUAUCGGGAGUUCUUUGUCGUCCUUAACCAGAAGAACGCCAGCCUGAUCCAGAUUAGCGACGAAGUCAGAAGAUUGAGUAACUCGCAAUUGCAAAAUAUAUUUUUCAUUGAUUAAGAUCCCUUAUCCUACUGCCAUGCAACCAGUUUGUAUUGAAUAAUUCAGCUAGUCCUGGUGAAAUCACGUCAUCGUGAAAUGACGACCGCGAGUCCGAUGUAUUCGCUGCAAAAUAAUAGCGCAUGCACAUAGAAUGUCAAGCUUUAGAGGGAAACAUGCAUAUAUAUAUAUAUAUAUAUGCAUGACGUAAAUUCUUGAUCUUGAACGAACAUGAUUUCCAGUUGUUAUAAGCCCAUGCAACCAAUUUUCAAA